AUGGCUAGUGUUAAGGCAUACGAACUUAGAACUAAAUCCAAGGAGCAAUUGGAACAGCAGUUGGUCGACUUGAAGAAGGAGCUUUUUGACCUUAGGGUGCAAAAGUUGAACAGACCUUCUCUUCCAAAGAUCAGACUUGUCAGAAAGAACAUUGCAAAGGUUUUGACCGUGAUCAACGGUCAGCAGAGACAAUCUGUUAGAGCUUUCUACGCUGGCAAGAAAUACAUUCCAAAGGAUUUGAGACCAAAGCAGACUAGAGCUAUCAGAAGACGGUUGACCAAGGAGCAAACAAAUUUGAAGACUGAGAGAGCUAGAAAGGCUGCUGCUGCUUUCCCUGCUAAGUACUUUGCCAUCAAGGCUUAG